AUGGCUGACCGCCCUCGAAACCUGCAUCCCUCCCGUUCCUUCACUCGGCUCGAACCCGCCCCUCAGAGUCCCCUCGAACGAAGUCGAGCAAGCACGCUUCAGGGCCCGCCAGUGCCAGACAUUGCAGACCCUCUCAAGGCCGUCAUGGUGCCAGAAGAAGAUGAACACGCCGACGGAGACGUUUUCGUGCACAAGGAGGAGGAUGGAGCAAACAGCGGAGAAGGUCCGAGUGUUCCGGACACGUUUGAAGAGCUGCCUAUUGAGAUUCGUAGCUUGACUGAGCGUUUCCUUGAAUCACUUACUGCCAAAGUCCAUCCGACUCCGCUCUCCGCCGAUGCUCUCUCUGACCUCUUUCAAGACUUUUAUACUCGCGCCUCGGCGAAAAUCACCACACAUAUAGCCACAUUAUCUGCUCGCCUUACAAGCGAAUCAUUCGUUGCGCAGUCCAGAAAAGGCUCCAAUCCGUCCAGUAAGCCAGCGCCGCUGAGAAAGGGCAGCGAUCAGUCCGGAGAACAGCAGAUGUUGAGUGCGACGGAGAUGGCAGAUCGUAAAAAAGCGAGGAAAUCUCUUGAAGUGAAACGGUUGGCGCUCGAGGAGGCGGUGGAGCGUGCGGUAUGCGAAAGGGUUUAUGAAAGAAUAUGGCGACACCGAAGUACCGACGAUGAAGAAAGGGACCACAAACUCAGAUCGCGAACAGCAGCCUUAUCACUUGUUGGCAUCGGUCUCAAGGAGUUGCUAAUGACGGGCGACGAGAUGACAGACGAAGAGCGCCAGAAGACCAAGGAGAAGGACCCAGAGAUCAGAGAAUGGCUCUCCACUGCUCGGCAGGAUCUCCUCAAAAUGAAUGAUGAAAAAUAUCCACUUGGAAAACUUCAUCAUCUGGCUGCUGCGCACAAGUCGAUCGUGGAAGCGCUUUCAAAGAUAUUCCCAUCCACGUCAUCUGCAGACGAGAUCUUGCCAACACUCAUUUACGCGCUGAUUACCUUACCGCCUGUGCAUCUCAAUGUCAUCAGUGACCUGAAGUUCAUACAGAGGUUCAGAGGAUCAAGUCGAAUGGAUGGCGAAACUGCCUACUGUCUUGUCAACCUAGAGGCUGCCAUCUCUUUCCUAGAGACAGUCGAUCUGUCGUCGCUAAGGGCAGAGGAGGCCGGGCCCUGGAAAACAGACUCACGGCCAUCUACACCCAAGUCGGAAAUCACACCAAUGUCCCUGGGCUUGUCCGAUGCCCCAGACCUGAUACAGAUUCCAGCAACACCAACCUCAAAGUCUGCCAAUACGGAGCCGUCCAGUCCCACUACAACCAAAGCUCAGCGUCGAUUGAGCAAUUUGAUACAAGCACAAACAAACAAAUUUGAGGCGGCCUCAGAUGCUGUUCGUGACUCCAUUCUCGACUCAGCGGACCAAGCCCUUGGCCGUAUCAACAGCACACUUGACAACAGUUUUAAAUUCUUUUUCGGCAAUCUACGUGACAAGGACCCGAAUAGUCCCGGACCAGAGGCACCAAUCUUGCCCAAGACUUUAGAGGACGCAAGGAAGCUUGUGAGCUCUCCGACUCAAAUGGAUGGAGACGAUGAUAGCAUCAGUGUCAGCGCUACCAGCUCAGUGCACGGAGACGAGGUUCCUGAUAUCGCGGCCCCUAAGACUUUAGAGUCUAAGAUGACUGAUCUCUUUGCGGGGAGGAAGCAGAUUAGAGAUCGCAGUGUCGACUCCACUCAAUCCGGAGGUAGCAGUAGCGGACGACGUGCUGCACAUGCGGCAGCACAGGGUGCCGAAGAGAAAACACCACCAGCGCCAAAAGCGGCCAAACCGGAAGCUAUACCUACAAGCAACCCCUCAGCUGUGGAUUCUCUUCGCAACAUGGGUAACAGUUUCAAUCCGUUGAAUCGAUUUGCGAGUAUGAAUGUCCUUCCUCGCUUCGGACGAGCUGUGAGUAGCAGCAGCACGCCUGUUAUGUCGUCUUCAAAUACCGAGCAGGCGAAGAUGUCGCCUUCUCCAGAGCUAUUAAGCAGGACUAUCCCAGGAGAGUCGCAGCCAGAAGAGAGGGUGACGAGAGCUGUGGCUGCCCUUGAGCAGCUCAAGAAGACAUCGCCUCCUGUAAAACGAUUUGUUGAAUGUAAAGACGCACAAGAGUUGAAGUUGAAGGAAGUAGACGAGCUUUUGAAGGAGUAUCAAAGAUUAGCAGGGGCAUUAAGGGGCGCAAUCAAUUACUGA